UUUUUUAAACCACCCGUCGAUAAAGUAGGACACGUAGCUGUCAGAUUAUGCAAUAUAAAGUAAAAAAUUAAUUUAGCAGAAUGUCCUUGUUCAAUUUUCGAUGGUUACGGGAGUUUGUGCGACGCCACACCAACUACAUUCCAGAAGAAAAGGCGUACUUUUGGAAACGCAGACUGUCGUUGGUCUAUAUGCUUUUAGCAUGGAACGCUUUUGGUUUGGUGCUUUACAACGUUUUCUCAGGAAACGCAGACUGGGCUCGCAAAUAUAAAUCAGAUGCUGAACUGAGUCUGACACCAGCACAACACUGGUCUAGAACUCUAGGCAUAAAGGAUGCGAAAGUAUAUAAAAUAUCAGGAUUAAAUGUAUCUAGUUACGAAAUCCAUAAUAAUCUGGAUGACGAAGCGUCAGAAAAUGCUACUGGGAAUGAAGCUGUACGAGAAUAAAUAAACUUAAAAUCACAUUUUAUAGUUAAAUAAUAAAAACAAAGGAACAUGGUA